AUGGAGAACCGCUCGGACGAAUUCUCGCAAAAAUUGCUAAAUGAGAUGAACGCCUUAUAUUCAUUGCUUCUUCUUUUUUUCUAUCUCAUCACUCAAAUCAUCGCGAUUUAUGUCAAUUUUUGCCUAGUUGUGAUGGUGUUCCGAACAAUCAAGGACGAGUACAAGUACCCCUAUUACCCAUUGCUAUUCCUUAUAAUGUUCUCCAAUGUAUUAUUCGUUGCGAUGACUACAGCGAUUGCCGUGUUGGGUGGUUUGUCUCGAAUCGUGCCAGCGCUAGCCAAAUCGUUUCCCGUUCUCAUUAUGAUCGCCAUCUCCUAUCCAACGGUGAUAUGCGUUCUCGACUUCCUCCUGUGCAUCCAUCGCUUCUCAGUGAUGUUCUGGGAUUCCGAAUUCUGGUCGAUUCACGUUCGAUGGAAAGGACCCCUAAUAUUUCUGAUCACACUGCCAUUCGUCGUUCUCAUCUCAUCAAUUUCGAUCACCUAUUCGUCGCUUCUCGUCGGCGUCGAGAUCGACGCGUUCGGCGUCGGCAAUCUGCCAUUGUACUGCUUCAUCAGCGACAUCGCGCUCAAAUCGCUUCUCGGCUUUCUCACGUUCGUCGGCUACGUUUUGAUUCUAUUGCGAGUGGCUCAACAGAAUCGCAAAGUUGGCAAAUUCACCGACUUCACCGUCAUCGAGCAGGCAUUUCCCAUCGCCUGCUUUCAAUUGAUUUCCAGCAUUCUCACGGUUUUCAUGCACAUGGGAGUCCAUCGAAGCGCCUGGUCUUUCGCGAAAGUGUGCCUUCUCAAGUACGCGUUCACCCAGCUUCUCUGCAUCGUCGUGCCGAUUUCGAUUAUCAUUGGCAAUCAGAAUCGUCGAAAGAAGUUCCGCUAUUUUUGCGUUUGCUUGAAACCGAAUCAAGUCGAGCCGGCGAACCAUCGAGUCUGCAUAACAAUGAGCAAUAAUCGCACAAGCACUACGGAAACAUCGUUUUGA